AUACCCAUAAACACCUGGGAUUUCUCGCCAGAGGACAUGUCCAAGGUAGCCAGCCAGCCAGCUAACAACCCUCCCAGGAGGCCAUCAGGUGGUAGACAGCCGCCAGGUCCCAUGGGUGGCCCGAAGGAAACGCCAAAGCAUACUCCACAACGAUCUCAGCCGUACGCCCAACAGCAGCAACGUGCAGCCAUGUCUAUGCCUCCUCCUCAAGGAAAGCCUAUCUAUAGCCAUAUCAAGUCUGUACAUCAGCCACAGCGUGCCUAUCCGGCUUCCGUAUCCCGCUCUCAACACGGUGCACCGCAGCAACAACCGCCACAUUUGAGAGAAACCUCCCGUACAAACAUGCCGCCUCCCAGACAGACCGGUGCCACUAUGCCUCAUAAGAGAGAGACUUGGAAGAAUCAAGAAGGGGACAAGUUAGAAGAGCAGUUUGACCACCUUCUUGAUUCGCUCCAAGUGCCCGAGACUGUUCGUCUGAAGUUUUCUACAGUUUCACCAGCUAUUAAAUCCUCUAUUCUCUCUUCUACACUUACUUCCAAUCCUUCUAUUCUCUCUUCUCUCGGUUUACCUCUGCCCACAUCGCCCCUUCAAUCACCCAAGGCGAAAAAGAAGCUCUCCACACCGCUUUUAAGGAAAUCCAAAAGCUCUGGCGAGCUCAAAGGUGAUCAUAGCACGACUGUCAAUGUAGGCGGGGAAGGAUUUGUCAUUGUUGCUAGCCCGAGGUCCGGUGAGGGCGGGAUCAUGUCACCUCCUCUCCAGCCCGGCGGCAUGAGGGGACAGAGCCUUGAUCUUGGUAGACCAUCGCAUUCCUCAAGGCCUAGUUCCCGUCUAUUCGGCCACAAUCCUUCCCCUUCACUUGGUAACAAAAAUUUUGCCAAGGGACUGGGAAUUGCGGUGGGGGAGCAACCGGAGGCAUUCAUCAGUUGGCUUUCAACUUAUAAAGGUACCGAUUUACGAAUGGAUGUAGCGAGGUGUAAAAAAUUGAGGAUGUUGCUCAGGCAAGAGUCGACAGAUUGGGUAGGGGCGUUUGUGGAGAUGGGUGGGUAUGGUCUGAUAAUAGACAAACUGCAAGAUUUACUGGACAUUGAAUGGAGGGAGGAACAACAUGAUGAUCAAAUGCUUUAUGAGCUUUUGAGAUGCAUAAAAGCCCUUUCAACUUCCGAGAUUGGAAAAGCCGCCCUUCGCAAAUUAUAUCCUCGCCCGUUCCCUGCACUUUCUGUUCUUCUUUUCUCUGAAAAGAAACCAGGUGAUCUCGCCAGCCGGCAGCUCAUCGUCGAACUCUGGCUCUUCAUUUUCGAGCUUUUCACUCCCCUUCCUCAAACCCCUAACAAAAGACCAACCUCAAUCAGGUUCGACGAGAAGGCCAACCCUUCACCGAGAGAUGUCACGGUAUUUAUUAGGAGUCUGCUUGUACCCGAUUUGCCUGAUCCGACAAAGGAUCAACAUGAAUUCGUUACGCAAGCUCAUCGACCUAGGGUAUUCAAGGCAUGGGUGGGUGAGCUCAGCGAUAUCUGUCGAGAUUACUUCUGGAUUAUGUGUCAUGCUUCAAAUACCCUGUGGGCGUUAGAGCAAGUUGAUGAAUCGCUGGUGGAGAAACCUGUUGCACCUGGGGGUGCCACUGGGGGAGUGGAAUUUGAAGCAAUGAACUAUGUGACCACCCAUUUCAAGCUUCUGAAUGCAUUUGCCGCACGCCAGGCAAAGGAGAAUAUGGACAAGGCGAGGCAAUUACACUACGACUUGAUGGCCUCUGGUAUGGAUAGAAUCCUUGUGACUUUCCGGAAGGCAUCGACGACGUACUACCCCUGUGUCCAUCUUGAGCUGGCAAGAUACGUCCGCCUUUUACAAGAAGCAUCUCCGAACGGGAAACUGCCAUAUUUGAUAAGCAAAAUGGUCGGGCCGCCUCCCGAAGAGGUCACAAAGGCGCAGUAUAGAUCUGGUUAUGCGUGGUUGCCUAUGCCCAGUGUGACAAGCGGGAGGAUUUAACGCGUCUACGAUGGGAGACGAGAAGUUAGAGGGAGCUGUAUCAGUGUGAAAUGAGUUUUGAUGUGUGCUAAGCAGCAGUAACGAUACUUCGCAAGGUCAUCAGGGGAAUUUAUACCCACGUUUGUAAAUGCCUUUUUAUGAAUCAUAUAUAGCUUU